UGCGCGCCCGGCGUCGCGCUCGCCCUGGACGCGUGCGGCUGCUGCAAGAUCUGCGCGCGGCAGCUCAACGAGGACUGCAGCCGCGAGCAGCCCUGCGACCACACCAAGGGGCUCGAGUGCAACUUCGGCGCCAGCGCCACGGCGCUCAAGGGCAUCUGCAGAGCGCAGUCCGAGGGGAGACCAUGUGAAUACAACUCCAAAAUCUACCAGAACGGCGAGAGCUUCCAGCCGAACUGCAAGCACCAGUGUACGUGCAUAGAUGGAGCUGUGGGCUGCAUCCCGCUGUGCCCGCAGGAGCUCUCCCUGCCCAACCUGGGCUGCCCCAGCCCCCGGCUGGUCAAAGUGCCCGGGCAGUGCUGCGAGGAGUGGGUCUGCGACGAGAGCAAGGAUGCGCUGGACGAGCUCGAAGGCUUCUUCAGCAAAGAGUUUGGUCUGGACGCCUCUGAAGGGGAACUAACCAGGAACAACGAGCUCAUUGCCGUUGUGAAAGGAGGCCUGAAAAUGCUGCCUGUCUUUGGAGCCGAGCCGCAGGGCCGAGCUUUUGAGAACCCCAAGUGCAUCGUGCAAACAACCUCCUGGUCCCAGUGCUCGAAGACCUGUGGAACUGGCAUCUCCACGAGGGUCACCAAUGAUAACCCUGACUGUAAGCUCAUCAAGGAGACCAGGAUAUGUGAAGUGAGGCCAUGUGGCCAGCCUAGCUACGCCUCUUUAAAGAAGGGUAAGAAAUGCACCAAGACAAGGAAGUCCCAGACCCCUGUGAAGUUCACUUAUGCUGGAUGUUCCAGUGUGAAGAAGUAUCGCCCCAAGUACUGCGGCUCAUGUGUGGAUGGAAGAUGCUGCACUCCCCAGCAGACCAGGACUGUCAAGAUCAGGUUUCGUUGUGAUGACGGGGAAACCUUCACCAAGAACGUCAUGAUGAUCCAGUCUUGCAGAUGCAACUACAACUGUCCACACGCAAGUGAAGCUUAUCCUUACUACAGACUUGUCAAUGACAUUCACAAAUUUAGGGACUAAGUUGCCUUGGGGGUGGGACACUGAACAAAAAUUUGAAGUAACCAGCCCUGGAGAAAGGACUUUUAUGGUGGAAAUGGUGCCUUCCCCAGCUGAGGGCAACAUUGAAAUGCUCCAAGAGUGCACUGUGCAACUGGACACUAUUGCAACAGAGAUUUAAGCAUACUUAAGGCUUCAUACUACUGGAGCGACCUUAUUGCUUCUUUUUGGAGCACCUUCUCUUUAUAUACUGUUUUCUGUUUGUAAGUGAUAAACAUUUUCUUCUGGUUAUGAAAACUUUUUUUUUUUCCUAUACUGUUCAACUUAACAUUAUGCUUUCCUCUUCCCUCUCUCUUCUCCCACCCUUUCCCAACCAAGUUGGAGGUUACAUUCCUUCCUGAGGUGGGCACUUGUGGGGUGUUCACAGUGGCAGCUAUUAUGUACCAACUGUAGUUUAAUAG